CUGCACAACACCAUAAGUCAAAAAAUUGAUGUUUUAGGAGACGUCAAGAGCAUAUUUCUUAGACUAAAGAAGUGACGAUAAAGAGUAAAAUGAGUGAGGGUUCAGCUGAGGGUGGAGCUGCUAAGUCCCGGAGGAAACAUGGUAUGCUGAAGAUGUACUACGGUCUUGAUGAUCAGCAGGAGAAGCCUGCUAACAUGAAUCCGACCGACAUCAACGGUGCUUACUUCAAUCCUGAGGUCUAUCUUACUAUGAUCAUGAAGGAGAAGAGACUCAAUGAUCUCAUUGAUAAGGAAGCUGAGAUGGUCAAACAAAUCCGCUCACUAGACAGUGACAUGCAGACAUUGGUUUAUGAGAAUUAUAAUAAAUUCAUCAGCGCCACAGACACCAUACGCAAGAUGAAAACUGAUUUUAAGAAGAUGGAGGAAGAAAUGGAUCGCUUAGCAACCAACAUGGAUACCAUCGCAGACUUCAGUGAGAAGAUAAGCUCUACACUGCAGGAAAGAAGAGCACAGAUCACUAAGCUGAGUGGUGUCCAUUCACUUCUCAAGAAGUUGCAGUUCCUGUUUGAGCUUCCAGCUCGACUCAAUAAAUGUAUCUCGAUGAAAGCAUACAGCCAGGCGGUCCGAUACUACUCUAAAGCCCGGGUUGUACUGCUUCAAUACCAACACAUGCCCUCAUUCCAUGGUAUACAUAGAGACUGCAAUGAGAUUGUCAAUGAACUCAGACUCAAGCUCAGAGAACAAUUUGGUAACAAAGAGUCGGAUGCUAAGCAGCUGGCUGAAUGUGUAGAUCUCCUACUGCAACUCAAAGAGCCACCAGAUGAGCUUUGUGAUGAGUUUCUCUCUCAUGCAAGACGCAAGUUAGAUGAGAGCCUGAGAGAGAUGUCAAGUCAUGUUAAGACCGGUAGAGAGAGAACAGCAUCCAGUCCUGAAGAAGAUGAGGAUGGUAACCAUGGUAACAAAGAACACGAGUCUGAGAGACCUGCUGAGAAGAUCAUGAGAUCACUUCCUAUGGACAUCUUGGAGUUUGUUGACAGCAGCUGUAAUGGUUUCCUUGAAAGCAUUUGUUUGGUGAUAGCCUCUUACAAGGAACUCUUUGUAAACAGACAGGCCGGAGAUUCCCAGGAAGAGGAGGAGUUAGAGCAGGUUGCCCAUGCCAAGCUAGGUCAGUUUGUAGACUCCAGGAUGCAGCAGUACUUUACAUGUAUCCAGGAUAGAAUACAGGCUGAGAAAUCAUCAGUUGAGAAUUCCCUGCUAGUGAGAGCAUUAGAUCGGUUCUUCAGACGUCUUCAAGCUGUACAUCGUUUGUUACCUGAUCUGAAGAUCCUUCAACGAGGAGCUGAUAUAGUAGCAGCGGCGGCCAAGGAGAGAGCACAGUACUAUGGUGAUGGUCUCAAGAAACACUUUGCUGAGUGCAUUACUGAUAUCCGUCAGACACUGUGUGCCCCUAGAAUGGUCGGCAAACAGUCUGCACCCAACCUAGCUGAACUAGUCAAUGUGACAUCAUCAUCGGUCAUUGAUCAAGUCAAACUAGUGCUGACCAGUCUCAAGUCAUUCCUAGGUCAAGACAUCACGUUCGCUCAGACCUUGUUCUUUGCAACCAAGUAUCCCACCAAGACAGUACGAGAGGGGCUCUUAGUGGACUUCCUGAGGCACAUAUUCCAGACGUGUACUAAUCUUUGUGAAGGAGGAGGAGAGAAAGGAUCAGCCCCUCACACUCUCAUCCUAAUACUAUCCAGACUUCUGGUAGACUUUGAAACAACUCACAUCAUACAACUGCUUGGUACAUGCAAUGCUCAGUUCUUGAUUGAAGACAGCAGAGGUCUAACUCAGACGUCCACUCUCUGCUUGGAAGCUAAGGACGCUGCUCAGUUACUUCUCAAUCACUAUGUACAGGCACAGGGACUGCAGAUAUCUCAAAUGUUGAGGAAGAGUGUAGACACGAGGGACUGGCUGAACACCAUCGAGCCACGCAACGUGAGAGCCGUCAUGAAGCGUGUGGUAGAGGACAUCACAGCCAUUGAUAGCAACGUAGGAUCGCUGUAUGAGGAGGGGACACGUAAAGCACACAGUAGUGAUUCCAGUAAGAAAACAUUCCAGAGCUUUAGUGUGUCCAGGCAGCAACGUACUCAGAGGAGCUACACACCAAGUACUACAUUUGAUACGAGUCUGAUGAGUAACAUCCAGAAGCUCUUCUCUGAGAGGAUUGAAAUCUUCAGCAGUGUGGAGUUCUCAAAGGUCUCCGUAGUCACAGGCAUCAUCAAGAUUAGCUUGAAAACAUUCCUUGAGUGUGUAAGACUGAGGACGUUUGGACGUUACGGACUCCAGCAGAUCCAGGUGGAUACUCACUAUCUCAACCUCUAUCUUUGGAGAUUUGUAUCAGAUGAGAAAUUGGUACACUUUCUGUUGGAUGAGAUCGUUGGGAGUGCUGUUCAUCGAUGUCUAGAUGCAACUCUUAUGGAGAGUAGUAUUGUAGAAGUUAUCUGUGAGCGAGGAUGAAAUCAAGAAUAGCUGCAAUCAUGACUUUUCAACUUCACAGUGUAUCAAGAUACCAUGUGGACACAGACAGAUAUGUUUAUAUUCAGAAGUAUUUGCCAAUUGUAUAUUGUGGUAGAAAAUUGAAAUAUAAAACUUGAUAUAUUUAUCAUUUUUAUGUCACAUUGAGUAUGGUCGACAACAUUGAUUAAGAUAACUUGGACAAUUUUGUUUAUCUAUAGACAACAGUACGAUACUAUUAUGGGGAAAAGGUACAGUCAGUAUCUUUUUAUUGUGUUUAUGUAGUCUGUGAUGUAUUCUAUUCGUUUUUGCUACAGAUUUCUUAUUAUUUAAAACCCAUUUGGAAUUGAUAAGCCCCCCUAUUAAGUCAUUUAAAAUGGCACAGGGUUUUGACUUCUAACUCUUUCAGAAUAUGUUUUUUUGUAGACUUGACUUGCCAGCAAAAAAUUGAGAGAAUUAGAGUCACAUGAAUGCCACAAGUGAAUGUAUUUUCUUUAUCUUGGUAACCCCUGUGUAGUUUAUGAUAUGUAAACGAAUAUGAUACGUGUACCUCCAUAGGUAAUAUAUGGAAACAAUCAUCCAUUCACACUGUUUUAGUAUUGAAGGAUAGCAUUAUGAGUGAUACACAGUGACAAGUAGAACUUGUUCCAAUGUUUUUAAGAUAUGCUUAGAAAUGUGUGAAACCUUAUAUUAGGGUUCAUCAUUUAACUUGGGUUCAGUGCAAACUGGACCCCUACAAUUUUGAAAUUGUAAUGAGCUCCAUACAAAACACAUCCAAACCAGUUUAGUACAGAUCCCCUCUGAAAAAGGUUAGUGCAGUACCCUAGAAUGGUGGAUAAAUGUGUAUGACGUUCAGAAUCCUUUCCACACCACUAACAUCCCUUGCAAGAUAUUUAUGUACUUUCAUCUACUCCCCCAUCAACUUGAAGAAAGGAAUAAAACAGUUUGAAGGUUAAUAUAGAGCUCUUUAAAUCAUUGAAGCUCAGCUGAAACUGAUGUAAUAAUAGAAUAUUUUGUAUAUGUGCUGUUAAAGUAAACAAUUACCAUUAUACUGACAUUCUGUGAGAUUUAAAGAAUACUGCCAUCUCCCGGACCAAGGGAUAAUCCGAAUUAUCAUACAUGAAAGAAAAUGUUGAGUCAAAUAUUUGUGUUUAUAGCUAUGUCAACAGACUUAUCUUCACUUAAAAGAAAACUACAAUAUCUUGGUACAUUAUUCUUGACAUAAAGUAUAUUAUUAUAAUCUAUUGAUAUUGAUGUGCUUGCUUUUCAUCAUAUGAUAUGAGUACAUACCACAUCAUACCCAUCACUGUCAGUCACAUCUCAAUUGUAGCAGUAUCCUCAUCUCCCAAACUCCAUGGAUGAACUUUAUUUUUUUCAUUUAAGAAAUUGAAAAGAAAGUAUCGCUAUUUGAAUGAAAUUUACCAUGUAUAGACAGAUAGUACUUGAAAUAAAGUAAAUUAUUAUAAUGUAAUGAUA